AUGUUUGGACGAGAACCAAGAUUACCCAUAGACCUGUGCUUUGGUGUAUCAGAGGAUGGAGAUAGCUAUGAAACUCAUCAGCAAUAUGUAUCCCGACUGAGAGAAAAGCUGCGGGAUGCUUAUCACUUAGCUACAUCUGCGGCUCGGAAGAACGCCGACCGCAACAAACAUCGAUAUGAUGCUAGGGUACGUCUGCAAGAACUCCAGCCGGGGGACAGAGUUCUGCUGCGAAAUUUGGGUAUUGCUGGCAAACACAAGAUAGCCGACAGAUGGAAGGCAAUACCUUACUUGGUGAUGGAAAAGCUAGGAGACCUGCCGGUCUACAAGAUCAAACCUGAAGAGGGUCCAGGGCAGACAAAGACAGUGCAUAGAAACCUUUUGCUCCCUGUGGGGGAAUUGGUAGGCACCCCGUAUGAGAUGGGCCACAACAGGGCAACUGGGCAGAACGAAGGUGCUGGACCAAAGCCGCCCUCCAACGUGGACAGCCAGCCCCCUGCAGCUAACCUACCCCUAUGCAGCACAUCUGAGAGUGAGUCUAAGGAGGAAGACACAACCAUGGUGUAUCCUGGGAUGGAGACAAGAUUUCAGUCUCGAUCGGCUGAAUCAAAAGAGAGCUCCUCUUCUUCCAUCCUAAACCCCAUGGCAGAAGUAUUUAGGCCCAUUCCUGACACCCCUGAGCCACUGGUGGGACCCCCAUGUGAUGACACACCCAGGUUAUUGGACAGUGGAGACAUACAGGUGGAGGAUGUCCUGGGCACCUUGGACCCUCCACUGUUAGAACUAGAAAUGCAGGGGCCUAUGCCAGUAGCCGAGGGACCCUCAAAGGAAACCUCUCCAUCCAUCGUUCAAGAGGCUGUCCCGCCCACCACGGCAACAGAGAUUCUCAAUAGACGAGACAGGGUAAUAAGACCAGUAAAACGGUUGACUUAUGAUGCACCUGGGGUAACUAGUGAGGAACCAAUAUGUUUAGCACACAGGCUUGUGGAAGCUAAAGUGGGCUAUCUGAGGCCCUUUGGAGGGAACCAGUGAGUUGUUAUAAUAGGGAGUGUGAUUUGUCGGGACGACAAAUUUUCGGCUGGGGGGAGGAUGUAAGCAGAGUCAGGAUGAGCUCUACCCUGACAUCUGGUGGUGAAUUAUGGCGAGUGUGGAAAAGAACUCCAGGGGCUGAUCUUGUUUGCAUAGGCACACCCACUCGCCUGGCAUGAAACCACAGCAACUCAAAGUGGUUACUUUGGCUGGUGUGGGAUCCCCAGUUUCUCUGUUAUUGGGGCAGGAAGAAUAAAGUUUUGUUACCCUGAUUCUGUGAAUCAAGGCCAGUGGAACUGUUGUAUGACAGAAGGACUGAGUGAGUCAUUCACCAUUACCUAGGUAGCAUUUGCUUGUCAAGGGGCAUGGGUUACAAAACCCAGUGAAUUGAGAGAGGAUGGGGACAGGUAUUGGUACCUGGUGGUGUGGGUCCCUUUUGUGGGCCUGAAACACCAAUUGCACCAUCUCCUCCUUUCUCCACUGUUGAAUGUCAGAGCUAACUUUGAUUCCCUUAGGAGUCCAGUUACAGACUGCUGAGCUGAGUUCACUUUGGGCCAAUAGUGCACCUGCACUGGGGCUCCCCUACUACUAGCUGAAAUCACUAAGAGCUGAAAUCACAAAAGAGCUAAAGCUAUUUAAGAGCUGAGAUCACUGAGGCUGUGUUAACUAGUGGGGGAGCCUGAAGCUAUAUUGCUAAGCUAGCUUAGCGGGGGUGAGCGGAGCGGCUGGAGGAGCAGCUAGCAGAGCAGAGCCUUGUGGGAGCGGCCCAAGGGACGGCUGGAGCGGAGCGGAGCGGCUCACAGGUCGGUGAGCGGAGCGGCGCGGCGCGGCUCACAGGUCGGUGAGCGGAGCAGAGCGGAGCGGCGAGGCUCACAGGUCGGUGAGCGGAGCGGUGCGGCUCACAGGUCGGUGAGUGGAGCAGAGCAGCUGCCAGAGCAGUUCGUGGGACGGCAGGAGUGGGACUGCGGGUGGAAUGGAGCAGUUCUUGGUGAAGGCUGCGGUGGAACCCCACGGAGAAGCCGCUGGUUGGCCUCGGAUCACGUAAGGUGCCCCUUAACACCCUGCUCACCCCCCCCUUUUGAACUCUGGGGCUGCACUGAUCAUGGACAGAGACUCUGGGGGGUUGUCGGACUUUUGGGACUUUUGUGAUUCUUGGGUUGCUGGACCCAAGAGACUUUGGGAUGGGUGGACUUUUGGGACUUUGGUGAUUCUUGGGUCGCUGGUUUCAAGAACCAAUGGGAGAGGACACGGCCCAAUUUGCUGGGGUGGGUCUUCGCUCAUGGUUUGGUCUAAGAACUCUAGUUCUGGUGUUUUUCCAAUUUAAUGCUGAUGUUGUUUACCUCAUGUUAUUAAACAUUUUCUGUUACA